GAUGUUCGUGCUCUCGGCUGAUGGUGCACACCUUUCAUACACAACAUCCUACCGCCGUUACACUAUUUCUUUGGAUCAAGCUUCAAAGCUAGAUAUAUUCAAGAAGGCAUAUUUGGGUGAAAGCACUUCCGAGUAUAUACAGUACGUCAGAGUAAUCAUUGCGCAAUUCGGAGAUUAGACAGCGUCCGCUAUCGUCCACGAGCUGCGAUUCCAUCCUGCAGAGGCCACCUUCCGUUAGCGUUCUCUCCGCUUCGCCAAGAUGAAGCUGUUAGACAAGAUCGCGAGCUACCAUGAAGACCACCCGUUCUACACAUUCGAAUUCUUUCCACCCAAAACGGAGCAGGGCUUUGAGAACUUGCUUGAUCGUAUCUCGCGUCUUGCUAUCCUGAAACCUCUGGCAGUUAGCAUAACCUGGGGUGCUGGAGGCAGCACCAUGGAACGAAGUCUCGAUCUAGCAGGAUUGACCCAAAAGGAGUUUGGAAUUGUUACUAUUAUGCAUCUUACCUGCACGAAUAUGUUGCAGGGUACCGUAGACUCGGCUUUGAGGGCCGCAAAGGAGCGAGGAAUCGAGAAUAUUCUUGCUCUUAGAGGAGAUCCUCCCCGCGGAGAAGAAUACUGGAUUCCUACCGAUCCAAGGUUCAGCCACGCCGUAGAUCUGGUCAAGUACAUUAAAUCGACGCCUGAAUUCUCGGACUUCUGUGUCGGUGUUGCUGCGUAUCCCGACGGACAUACGGACAGAGAUGCCGAUGAAGAUGGCGAGAUUGAACAUCUCAAAGCGAAAGUUGAUGCUGGUGCCAGCUUCAUCAUUACACAGUUGUUCUAUGAUGUAGAUAAUUUCCUUCGAUGGGUUGGAAAAGUCAGAGCGAAAGGCAUCCAGGUUCCCAUCAUACCAGGAAUCAUGCCAUUGCAGACCUAUUCUUCUUUCUUACGACUCACGAAGCUAUGUGGUACCCGUGUGCCUGACUUUCUGCUGAAAGAUUUGGAACAGAUCAAGCAUGAUGAUCAGAAGGUCAAGGAUUAUGGCGUAAAGCUGGCGAUUCAGAUGAUUCGUCGACUUACGACGGAAGGAAGAAUCCCUGGUGUACAUUUCUGCACGUUGAAUCUGGAGAAGAGCGUCCAACGUGUGAUCGAGGGCUUACAAUGGACUAACAGCAGUAGCCCGAAGGUCGCAAACAAGCUCAUUGCAGAGACUCCCGGCACCAUCAUCCAUGCCCCACAACCAGACUCAGACCUUAUAAUCUCUCCUCACAGUGCUCUUGACUCGGCAGCAAGCAAGCUUACUAACCAUCCACCAAUCGACAUUGAUGCCGGGAAAGGAGAAGUGAACAAUGCUGCAACUUGGGACGAGUUUCCUAAUGGUCGUUUCGGUGACUUUAAGAGUCCCGCAUAUGGCGAUCCAAACCCGUGGAAUAGCUCUGUCAUCCCCCAUCAAAGUCUUCAGGAAUGGGGUCAUCCGAAGACAUUCAACGAUCUUACCAACAUAUUCCUGCGGUACCUACACUCCGAGAUACCUACUACACCUUUCUCGCCUUUCCCCCUUUCACCAGAAUCACUCACUAUCUUGUCGUAUGUUGAAAAACUCACCAAGAAUGGGUGGUGGACUGUUGGUUCACAGCCAGCCGUCAAUGGAGCUGACUCGUCGGAUGAGGUUGUUGGAUGGGGACCAACAGGUGGUUAUGUCUAUCAGAAAAGCUUCGUUGAGUUCUUUGUAGAGGAGCAAGACUUGGAGAAGAUUGAGACGAAGAUCAGGGAACGCGGCGGCGGUUGGGUGGAUUACUUCGCGGGUAAUCUUCAGGGUGAAUGUCGAACGAACGUCCCAGAAGGUGGCCGGAAUGCCGUAACGUGGGGAGUCUUCCCUGGUCAGGAAAUCGCUCAGUCCACUAUCAUCGAAAAGGAGUCGUUCCUCGCAUGGGCGGAUGAGGCCUUCUCGAUUUGGGCAGAAUGGGCAUCAUAUUACCCACCCAAAUCUCCAGAACGGGAAUUACUGGAUGGUGUACGGACGAAGAGGUGGUUGGUGAGCAUCGUACAUCAUGACUUCCGGAGUAAGGAUGCACUAUGGACCUUCUUGUUCGACGGAGAAGAUCCUCUCGUGAAAUGAGAGUAAUCAGUGCAUGCGUAAGUUUGGAUAAAAGUUUGUAAAAUUGUUUCGUGUUGGUUAUCGCUCAACGUAGAGUCGUCUGAAGAAAUUCAAAACCAUAUUGUACAUCAUUGUGGAACUUCACGAUAUCGUACAUACACUACUAGUCGACCUUCAACCUCGAUUCAUAAUGUUUCCAGCACCCCUGGGGUGUGUAUCGGUGUACUGUGCCCAUUUCUCAUCCUUCUGCCGUUUCUCUUCAGUCUUCUGUUCGCUGAAGGCUGUCCCCUCCAUCUCGGAAUCAAGCUGCAAUUGUUCCGAUGUCGUUGGUUUAGAUUCAGAUUGUGGUCUAAGGAAGAAAUGAUAUUAGUCGUACCCAAUAGGACAUUAGACUACGUUGCACGGCUUACCCUCCACCGGUGAUUAUGUUCCCUCGUUGUCCCUCGAUCUCGAGGUACUCAUCAACGGUCAU